GCGCGGCCGCAUAUACUCAGCCUGAAAGGGUUUAUCUUCUUCCUCAUCUCCUCAUCAUCAUCUGUGAGGAAGCAGAGUCGCAGGUAAGCAGGCGCUGUGAAAAAGUCCGGAUUCUAGGGUUCCUAUCUCAGCUAGCUCUUCCGAUAUGGCGAGAGGAUUGAAGAAGCACUUAAAGAGGCUCAAUGCGCCCAAGCAUUGGAUGCUUGACAAGCUUGGUGGUGCAUUUGCUCCCAAACCAUCAUCUGGACCUCACAAAUCUAGGGAAUGUCUUCCAUUGAUCCUCAUUCUGAGGAACAGGUUGAAGUAUGCUUUGACUUAUGGUGAAGUUGUCUCAAUUGUGAUGCAACGCCAUAUUCUUGUUGAUGGAAAGGUCCGAACUGACAAGACUUAUCCUGCUGGUUUCAUGGAUGUUGUGUCAAUUCCCAAGACAAAUGAGAAUUUCCGUCUCCUUUAUGACACCAAAGGUCGUUUCAGACUCCACUCUAUCAGGGAUGAUGAGGCCAAGUAUAAGCUAUGCAAAGUUCGUUCAGUUCAGUUCGGAUCAAAGGGUAUUCCUUACAUCAACACUUAUGAUGGAAGAACUAUUCGCUACCCAGACCCGCUCAUCAAGGCUAAUGACACAAUCAAGUUUGACCUAGAAUCAAACAAGAUUGUUGAUUUCAUCAAGUUUGAUGUUGGGAAUGUUGUGAUGGUGACUGGAGGAAGGAAUAGGGGUCGUGUUGGUGUUAUCAAGAACAGGGAGAAGCAUAAGGGAAGUUUCGAGACUAUUCAUGUACAGGAUUCUACUGGUCAUGAAUUUGCUACCAGAUUGGGCAAUGUGUUCACUAUAGGUAAAGGAACUAAGCCAUGGGUGUCUCUUCCUAAGGGCAAGGGUAUUAAGUUGACUAUCAUUGAGGAGGCUAAGAAGAGGCAAGCUGCCCUUACUGGUGCAGCUGCAUAAGAACAAAGUGUGAAAACAGUUCUCGUGAUGAAUGGUUGGUUUUUUCUCUCUAUUUUGAUGUUCUGGUUUUGGACCAUUUUAUUUAACCUCUGAAUGACUUUGUUAUUCUCAGUUGAACUUUGUUACUCUCAUUUCUUUCUUCCUUUAGUAGUAAUACUUUAUAAGAGUAACAUUUUUGGUUUAAGAAUCCACAUGCUUCUUAUGUUCUUUAAGGAUUA